GAAAAAUCAUUAUUUUUACGGGCGCAUUGCAUUAUUUGCAAAAUUUAUUCAAAAUUUGAUUUAAAAAGGAAGAGAGGAACAAGAUUGAAUAUAAUUUCUAAAACCAAAUUAAAAAUUUUAAUAAUAAUUGCAUAAUAAUGGAAAUUGAAUCUGGUUUAACAACAAUGAAAUAUUCUGAUCGUAUACCACCAUUAGAUUUAUCAAAUGUUUGUUCAACAGUCUGUUCAACAAGAGAUAAUGAAUUAAGAUGGAAUAAAAUGCAUUCAACAUAUUUACAACAUCAAAAGCAAAAAAAUUCAAAAAAUAUUAUUUUAAAUAAUAAAAAUAACAAUAACAAUGAUAAUAAUAAUAAUAAAAUAAAUCAAAAUCAUUUAAAAUCAUUAAUAAAAUCACCAUCAUCAACAACACAAAUAACAACAACAAGAACAACAACAAUUAAUAAAACAACAUCAUCAUCACAUUUUAUAAAUUAUGGAUCUGAUGGUUUACCAAUUGAUCCAAGAGAUUGGACACGUGCUGAUGUUUGGAAAUGGUUAGUUAAUUUAUCAAUAUCAGAAGGUAUUGAUGUAUCACCAGAUUUAGCACAAAAAUUUCCAAUGAAUGGUAAAGCUUUAUGUUUAAUGAGUUUAGAUAUGUAUUUAAGUAGAGUACCAAUUGGUGGUAAAAUGCUUUAUCGUGAUUUUCGUGUUAGAUUAGCAAAAGCAAUGAGUUUAUAAUAUUUGGAAUUUAACAUUAUUAUUUUAUGUAAAUUUUUAUAUUAUAUAU